AUGGCAAAGCGUCUAAUUUCAACCUUUAACCAUGGGCUAGUUGGCAAACUCUUUUCCGAGUCCUUCACCAAGCUGAACUCCGGAAAGGCAGUGGCUGUGGGAUUGGGUAAACAGGACAAAGCAGGUUACAGCACCCAGGCCAAGCAAGAGUCUCAUUUUUACGACGGUGCUUUUGUGGAUGCAUUCUUGAUGAAAAUGAAGAACAACAAAGAUCUUCUUAUGAAUAAGAAAAUUUGGUCGCGGAGAUCUACAAUUUUGCCAGAAUUCGUGGGUUCUACAGUUCGUAUUUAUAAUGGAAAAGUUCAUUUUCGUUGCAAGAUCACUGAAGAAAAGGUUGGACAUAAAUUUGGAGAAUUUGCAAUGACACGGAAACGUAGAGUUCAUGCUAAAACUACUGGACCAGCAAGACCAGCAAAACCAGGAAAAAAAGCAGGCAAAAAGUAA